AUGAAUAGUGAACAGUUGAAUCAGCUAAAAUCCAAGGUUAUUUGUAGAGAUGAGCAGUUCGACUUGUUGAAUGCGUACCUAUCUAAUGACAGCUCAGUAUGUGUACCGACGCUUUUAGUUCAAGGGUAUAGAUCAAUAGGGAAAACCUUAACGGUGGAUGAAUAUUUAAAACAAUUGAGCGGAAAAGUAACCAGAAUUAAUUGUGAUCAAUUUAUUACAGCUAAACUGUUACUCCAAGCAUGUUUGAGGAACAUUCGAACAGAUAGUGGUAUGGACUUGAGUCUUUCUCCGGAAUAUUAUUAUAGAGGGGUGUCGACAUCAAAACUAGAGCAGACGUGUGAUAAUUUUUCAAACUUUCAAUUCAAUAUUUCCCAGUUUCUUAAAGAUACAGAUUAUCAGGAACACCAUUUCUUGGUCCUCGAUAGAUUGGACCAAUUUAUUGAGGAUCAUUUACAUUUAUUCAAUGCAUUCUCCAGAUUGCAUGAUGCAGGUGAUAUUAAAAAUAUCACUGUCAUAUUUAUCACCGGUAUGGACACAUCGCAUGAACUUGUAACUAGUGGUAUUCCUCAUGUUUACUUCGAUCCAUAUAGUGAAUCAGACAUCAUAAGGAUACUUCAGAAGAAUCCAUUCUGCUUUUUCGGAUUCCCUGAUGAAGGUUCUUUGGGCCAACAAUUUUGGAAUAGUUUCGUCCAAGUACUUGUGAACCUGUACUAUGAAUAUUCUGCAUCAAAUUUAUCAGUAUUGAUAGAUUUGUGUUAUAAAAAAUGGCCAAUAUUCACCGACACAAUAGUAAAAGGUUCAUAUUCCCCCAGCCAAUUCUUACAAGUUUAUAAAGAGAAUCGAGAAAUAUUCCUGUUUGAAGAACUUCUGAAUUCCCAAGUGAUAAAUUAUAAAACCUCCAAACCGGUUGAAGAAUCCACAGCUUUGAAUCUCAAAGAUAUGACCAAUUUGAUCAAAUUUGUUUUGGUAGCUUCAUAUUUAGCUUCCUAUAUUGAUCCAAGAAAUGAUAUGCAUUUUUUCUCUGCCAUAAAAUAUGAAAAAUUAAGGGAAAUCAAAAAAUUCAAGAAGAAAGAUGAACUCACAAAAAAAGAUAUGGAUAAUAAGUUAUUUCAACCAAACUUCUUUGAUCUUGAAAGGUUGUAUGCCAUUGUCUUGGUGAUUUAUAGAAACUUUUCCAAAUCUUUCGAAGAGGAACAUGAGUUAAUUGACUUAAUGGAUGAUACUGAUGAAAAUGACAUGAUUAAUAAACAACAUGAGAUAUCCAAAUUCUCAUUGGUGGGUAACAUUGACUUACAAUCACAGUUGUCGAUAUUAUUAUCAAGAGGUCUUCUUGCGAGACAAGAGAGUCGAGAUGUUCUUCAGCCAAAACCAAGGUGGAAAUGUAACACUCCUUGGGAAACAAUAAAAGUUAUAGCACAAGACCUUCAAUUCCCUAUAGAAGAUUAUCUUGGUUAA